AUGGAGGUUGCCGUGGAACCCCAGCCAGCGCCUCUAGACCACCAACUCCCUUCCUACACCUCUCCGCCUCAGUCUCAGACUCACUCCCAGUCUCACACAGAACCACCACAGCCGGAGCAGGAACAACCCCUGCAGAAUGGUGUGAUGCCUCCCUCGGCUUCUUUCGUUCAGCCUCCCCUCACAUCCGACACCACGACGGAAACAGAGUCCUCGGCUCCCGAUCGACCUGUCGAAGUCACUUCUCCCGUAUCGGUCGAGACUACGGAGCAGGCAGUUAAUACUCAGGUUGUCGAAGUUACCGAGACUCCCGUUGUUGAAGUCAUCGUCAACGGGGAGCCAGAACGGAUGGAGACCGAUGCACCAGGUGAGAGCAACGCGGUAAAUGGCGGUGAGCCGGCUGUAGACGGCCAGCCUCAGGCUGAGAACAUGCCCGUAAACGGCACCACCGAGCUGCAAAACGGACAGCCAUCCCAGACCGAGGAGCCGUCGGAAGGGUCAUCGCCAUCAACUGCCUCUGACGGGUCGACGGAUUCCAGCGAGUCAACGGAGCGGACGGGGGAAGACUACGAGGACGAAGACGAGGAGAAUGACGAGCCUGCUUACUGGGCUGAGUACAAGGAGGACACCUCCGUGGCGGAAGGAGACGAGCUAAAGGAGAUUGAGAGUGGGGAUGCUGAUCACAGUGCUCUUGAGUAUGACUAUAUUGAGAAAUCAUUUUACCACGAGCAGGAUGAUCCUGAAUACAAACCUAUCGAGAAAGCCCGCAUAACAUGGAAAAUAACUGGAGUCCGAGGGACCAAGGAUAAGCCCAACAGAGCUACCAUCAUUCGGUCUCCGCCAGCAUACAUUGGCGGCUAUUACUGGACAUUGAAGUUCUUCCCACGAGGAAACAGCGUGGGAUCGCUCAGUGUUUACCUAGAGUGCUCUACCACGCCGCCAGAACAGGAUAAAGUCGUGCUUGAGACGGAGUUUAGAGUUCUCAAGGGACCCCCAGACGCUGUCCUGAGUGAUAUGACCCCUGACCAGGAGUUCAAACUGCCUGCAACCGUUGUUCCACCCAAGCCGUCCCCGUCUGAAGAAUCCGCCGAAAAGAGCCAAGAAAAGGACCAGGAGCGGCUUCCCGAGGUUAGCAGUGAGGAAAGGACAGAGACCGAAUCGUCUGGAACAACUCCAAAGUCAAAGCAAGACUUCCGCGUCUCCGCGCAGAUUGGAGUUGUCCUCUACAACCCCGAGGAGCCACGCACAGGCUGGACCCAGUCCUCCUGCCAUCAGUUCAACUCCCACAACUUCGACUGGGGCUGGACACACUUCCACGGGCCAGGGCCAUGGAACACCAUCCACCUCCGCCAACACGGUCAGCGCCAGGCCCUCCUCCGCAACGAUACUCUAUGUUUCGAUGCCUACAUCCGCCUUUUUGACGACCCUACAAAGUCUCUGUGGUGGCAUUCUAGCGACUCUGAGCCGAUCUGGGAUUCUUAUUCACUCGUCGGCCUGAGACCCAUGGGAGACGUGUCUGUGAACUAUUGCCAACAUGCAGCCGGCUUGAUUCCAUGGUUACUACUCUCGCCGUUUAGAGAGCUAGUGAAGAGUAUCGAUGUUAUGCGACAUCUCAGCGAUGUAUCCGCGCGCCCAAAACCAGUGUGUGAGGCGCUGCAGGGUAUAGUGCAUGAGAUGACCGCAGACAACGUGGCGUCUGUUCGGACCGAAGGAGUGCGGAGGGCGCUGAGAUAUCUGCUUGAGAGUUCAGGGGAUGUCGUCGAGUUCUGGGAACGACUUAGACGUAGCCUACAGAUCGAACUUGCUGGUACAGAAGCUGCAGAGAAGCUGGCGUCCAUGUUCGAUAGCCCACGCGACGAGUCGAAGAUGUCGGACGAGUCCUUGAACACCCUUCCUCGCGAUUUCAACAGUCGCAUCCGCAUCACUUCCGAAAACACGGAGAGCAUCCAGUCUGGUGUCACUGAGUACCUAAAGGCUCAAUCGGGCAAAUGGUCUCUCCCUCCCGUUCUCCAAAUCGAGCUCUCCCGCCAGAAGUUCGACAAGAAAACUCGCCAAUGGAAAUUCCUGGUCAACCGCGUACAUCGCAAUGACGAACUCGAUCUCUCCGAUCACGUCGACUCCGGCGUCACUGGCAAGUAUACGCUGUUCAGCUUCAUCGCGCACAAGGGUCAUCGGACAUCACGAUGGUAUUACCCACUCGUUCGUCCCGGUGGGCGCAAUUCGCAUUGGCUUGCGUUCAAGGGUGAAGACCCAUAUCGCAUCGAGUGUCUGACCACCAAGAUGGCCGUCGAGGGCUAUGAGGGGCUAGAUAAAGACGAGGCCGACAAUGGAGAGCCAGUCAAUGCCGAGAUUGCAGUGGCGUUUAUGUAUAUCCGCAACGAUCUACAGUCCGAGUACUUGAGCCCCAAGCUCGAGCCAUGGGUCCAAUCACCUGCAUGGCAUCGUUAUAUGCAAGCUAUCUCACCAGAUACCUCGGCCGUGGAACCAGAGAAACCCAUUCAGGUCGUCUUUUAUGGUCUAAAUGGAGUGUCAAAGAGUACACGGAACCCAGCAGAGGUGUAUGAGAUCAUUAACCCUCUAACGUCCGAAAAGGAUACUACAACCCUGACCGUCACUAUGGGGACUACGGUUGGCGAGUUAAGAGCUAAAUUGGCCGAGCAUAUCUCGACCAAGUGGGCGCCAGUUGCCAAUGAACGAAUCCGUCUAUGGUCUAUUGGCGCGCCGUAUGAAGUCCGUCUCUUCAAUUUCAGCAUGGAACCCCUGGUAAUUAUGGGAUCGCAGUUGUCUAGUCUUGGAUGGAGUGCCCUACGCGUAUGGGUGGAGGUUCUAAAAGAAGAUGACGUGAAGUACUUCUCUAUACCAGAAGUCAUUGAGCCACCACCAGUUUCCGAUGACGUGAAUGAGAUGAAAGACGACACUCAAGCUCCGCCUCCACCACCUCCGGUUCAAAUUGAAGAACAGCCCCAGCCAAACGAACAGACUCAGCCUCCUAGUCAAGAUGAGGACGUUGAGAUGAACGACGCUUCUCCCGAUGCAGAAACCAACACAACUGCACAAAGCCAGGAAGCGCCUGUUCAAAAUACAGAGGACCUUCCCAAUGCUUCUGAGGCAUCAGAGCAGGAAAUGACAGAUGACGUCGAAGUUGUUGAUCGACCCGAGAUUAACGGCGUUGAUCCCACACCUCUUCCAGAUGCAGAUGGUAAUGAUGAAGCUGCCAACGAGGCCAUCAUCGCGUCCAUCAUAGCCCAAGACCUUGCGCUCUUGGAUCAAUCACAGGAAAUGGACACAACCGAGAACUAUCCUGAAGUCAACGCGGUGCCACCACCACCUCCUGUGGAAGAGACCACGGUAAACGCUGAUGAAGCAACAGUCGGAUCACCGAGAAACAGCGCUGAGACAGAGCGAGACACCCAAGAGCAGCCUGGCUCCGGAGACUCGCAAAUGGAAGGCUCCCCAAUCGUGGAACCAAACAAUAACAUCCCUGAAGGUGAAGGUGGAGCUGAAGCGAACCAUCACGAUCAGGAACAAGAAGUAGAAACGGACAUGAUCCGCAACCAGAAGGUUGUGGAAUCGGACCUCAUCCUACCUUGUGAUCAAGUGUAUUACUUUGUACAGGAGUUCAACGCCGACAACCAGACGAUCGAAACGGUUGGAGCCUUCUUUGCAAAGUCGUCUUGCGUUGUUCGCGAGCAGGUCCGUAAGAUACUAGAUCUUCCGGAGGACCAGGGGUAUAAUUUCUGGUCUCGUCGUAAAGCCGUGGCUUCCGUCCAUACCGUCUCAUCAACCCAUAGAUUCAAGGAUCUGAUGAACGACGUGGGAUGUAUUGUUUAUGGAAAGACCAUUCCCAAGCGCCGACAAAAUGAGCUCGUCGAGUUGGGAUGCUUCCUGUCCCCUGAUCGCCUACUUGAAUAUCUCUGGGCAGUUGAUCGACAACACCCAACCAAAUCUUUCACCGGCCACAAGACCAUAGAAGCCAUUCUAAACGGUGAAUAUUACUCCGGCGAGCUCUCCAAGGGCUACUACCACGGUAAAGGACUUCAUGUCUCCGAAGCCGGCGAUACAUAUUCAGGCGAAUUCGUCCAAGGUCGACGCCAGGGCACAGGCGCUAUCGAAUACAGCUCCGGCGACACGUAUACCGGCGACUGGUCUGAGGACCAACCACACGGCCAAGGGACGUGGGUCGAGCACAAGACCGGCAACAAAUACGUUGGCGGCUACCGUAGUGGUAAACGCCACGGCAAGGGAGUCAGCUACUGGGAAGUAGCUGAUGAGGAGAUGAACCUUUGCCAAAUCUGUUAUACCGAAGAACAGGAUUCGCUGUUCUAUACCUGCGGACACGUAUGUGCCUGCGGAGCAUGCGCGAGACAAGUUGAGAUCUGUCCCGUCUGUCGCGAGAAGGUAAUCAGUGUCGUGAAGAUUUUCAGAUGUUAA